AUUUCCACAGGGUUCCCAAAGAUAUUGUGUGCUCUCAGAAACCAUUUCUAAUGAAUUGUAAUUUUCAUUAGAUGACGCAACAGCGGAAUAUCAUGUUUUAGUGCUGUUAUGCACCUAAGAUUAUAACUUAGUGUGUUUUUGAUUGACUAUUUAAGGUCAUUAAUGAUUAUUCUAUUAAAAUUAUUCUCAUAAUAAAGGAAAAUAAUGCAUUUGAACAUAAGUAUGCGCCUGAACUUAAAAAAUAAACAAUGACAAAUUUCAAUUAACACCAGAUAAAAUACGGUGAAUAAUUAUUGACUGCAUGUACUCCUGCAUUUCCCACUGCACUUGCCAGUCCCCUGUACAUCAUAUCCAUAAAAGAGGAUUACGCAUGUAUUUUUUGUCUUGGUCUAAUUAUCGUAACCUUUUAUUUUGAAAAGUAUCACUAUCAUAAUUAUUUCCAUUAUCUCCAGUUUUAUUUAACGUAGUCCAUUAAAAUGUCCCUGUUGUUAAUUUUCGGGACAGUGCAGCAGAAUCAUUCAUCUUCUAAAAUAACAAACUUGAAUACCGUAUAGAAAUGAUAUUUAUGUCAUAAUCUAUAGAAGGAGGUCGCUGCCGGCCGCAGAGCUGCAUCCUGUAUCACAUGUUAAUGAAGGUAAUGGUGGAGCUCCAGUGACAGCUGGUUGCUGAAGACCAAUCACAGCGCUCGGAGACGGAAGGCAGUGUCUGAAGCUCUGCGGGCAGAACCGUGUCAGCUCCUCCAGUGAUGUAAAGAAGGAUCCCUUUCGCUUUUAUUCAAUUUUUUUUUGUACUCCCGCUCAGCUGUGAACAUGCGCCGACGACGUUUUUCCGCGAACAAUGCCUUGGACUUAUGUGUGGAUUUGCUCCGAGUUUUCCUCGCCGUCCGACAGAACUCAUGAAAGCCUCUUCCGAGCGACGGGUUGAUGGACUCGCGUAUAUUAGCUAAUGAUGUCUAUGGGUUUCAUGCCUGACAGUCUGAACGCCUCAGAUCCCUCCAAAUCGGCCUUUCUGGAGUUUGGCCACGGACACCCGGCGCACCAGCAGCACUCCUCCGGACUCUCUCACAUUUACCCCGUCCAUGGCCUGCACGCCGCUGGCCGUCCCCAGCACGAAACCCCUUUCCCUAGCAGCUCGUCCUACAGCCGCUCUUUGGGCUACGCCUACCCCGGCGCGGUGAACACUCAUCCCCCGUCUGCUUACAUGCCCUACCAGCACAGCAAUCACAGCAGCAGCAGCAGCAGCAGUCUGGCCAACAGCAGAUUAGAGCAGACAGAUCGCGAGAAGUCCACGCUGAUUGAGGAUAGAGACAUUCGCUUGAACGGCAAGGGGAAGAAGAUCCGGAAGCCCCGGACCAUCUACUCCAGCCUGCAGCUGCAGGCGCUGCACCAGCGCUUCCAGCAGACCCAGUACCUGGCCUUACCGGAGCGCGCGGACCUGGCGGCCAAACUGGGCCUCACCCAGACUCAGGUGAAAAUAUGGUUUCAGAAUAAGCGCUCCAAGUACAAAAAGAUCAUGAAGCAUGGCAGCGGAUCAGAGGGGGAACAUCUCCACAGCACCAGCUCCAUCUCCCCCUGCUCGCCCGGGUUGCCCCAGCUUUGGGAGGUCUCCAUGGCGAACAAAGGCGCCUCGAUGCACCCAAACAAUUACAUGAACAGUUUUGGUCACUGGUAUCCAAACCACCACCCUCACCAGGACUCGAUGCCCAGGCCUCAGAUGAUGUGAGCAUAUUGUUUUUUGGCGCAGCGCAUCAGGCCACGGUGCACGACCUGUAAGAGAGUUACGCGCACGGAACUCGCUGGCUGCUCCCAAGACCCCCUCUCACAAACGAACUGUGUUUCCACGUGCGUUUGAUAGAAAUCGUCGUUCAUAUCCACUGUAUUUCCUGUGUGUUUGGAAUUAUGAUUUCACUGCAAAAUUCUACUAGGCAUUAAAUGCUUUUGUUGUUGUUGUUAUAAUGUCGCUGCAACUUCGACUCCACGACCUCAUCUCUCUGAAAUGUGGAUUUCAUGUUUGCAGUUUACCAAGAGACUGGUUAAAGAAAACUUUUCAAAGAUAUCUCGUGUGCACGGGUCUGCUUUGUUGACAGUUUGCGAGGAGUUAACGGCUGCACGGUCCGACAUACGCAAUGAGCGUUAUGCAAAAAAAUAGGUGUGGUGGUGACGUUAUGAUACAUUAUUUUUGUUUGGCUCACACUUUCACAUAGUUGCAUAGGCAAACAGGUGAGUGUAGGAUUUCAUUCAUGAAAGUGGGAUUAAUGAUGACAAUCGGACGCAACAGGUUAGUGUACAUAGUUUGACAACAGCAUGGGUAUAUCAGAUAUGUGUUGUUUAUCAACACGUCUCUGCAGCGACUGACGAUAAGUAUUUUUCAACCAAAACAUCUGGGGACUGAUUCCAUAUAAAAAAAAUGCUUUAUAUUUCACUUUUAGUCUUUAUUUUCAUGUUUUAGAAUACUCACUUUAAAAUUAAAGCCAUCAUACAGGCCCUAACUGAGAGAUCCCGAAGCAAAGGGGAUGCAGGUAACUUUACGCAUAGUGGCUGUGAGCAGUCCAACUUUAACGCACAGGACAAAUGUGUAAUAUGUGGUCACAUGUCUUUCAAACUAUCUCUGAAUUUAGAAUUUCAGAAUUACAACAACAAAGAAUUGCAAAAUUAAAAUGUCAAGGCUACGGGUUUCUGCUGUGGCGGUAACAAGAGAGGACUUAUUUUAAAGAACCAAGGAGAGGAGAAAGGACACACGACCAGGCAUUUUCAUCAAAAUCUCGUGACGGCACAAAAUGACAAACGGCUGCGCCAGCCCUCAAAUGAUCCGCGCCUGAUUCAUAGUCGUUUGCACUGAUUAGCACAUUUUGGCGCGUUGCGUGUUCAAACACAGAAAGUUGCUUAUUUACAUCUUUGCAAACACUUCACUGCAGUCUGAGCCGUCGCUCGUGAUUAAAUGCAGGGCUAAGCGCUUAUUAAUGAAGAUGAAUAUAGUGCGUUCAGGAAUCAUCCUGUGGCUUCUUUUUAUCUUUUCCCUUCAUCACCCUGCUGCCUUGACGGUCUAGUUAACAUUAAAGGCCUGAUGUCAUACUUAGGGAUUAGAAACAAUAACUAACAUGCAGUCUUACAUCUAUUUAAAUACAGUAUGUUUCUAUAACAGGUUGUAGCUCUUCAUGUGUGAUGCCAUUUUGAAGGGGCCAUUUUUUUAAAGGAUCUAAUGUGUUUCAACAGAGGAAUGUUCGCAUAAAGCAUCCACACAAAAAACAAUCAAUAUCAAUAAAUUUUUCUCAGCGA